AUGACCUUGCUAACGGGCCAACCACAUCACCGUCCGGCAGUCUUGCUGACCCGCCUCGUCUGCCUUUUGCUGAUCCUCAGUUGUGGGAUGGGCACAACUGCUGGUCUGUUCAGUACGACUGUGAAAGUGUGGAUCACGGGGCCCGCAGCCACGUGGGCAUAUUUAUCUAACAGCAAAACAACAAUCUUUACCGACAUUGAAACUGAUAUUAAGAAACUUUAUUCAUUGUUUCAUUUUGUCUCUGUCACAACUCACUCUCCUCACACUGCUUCCAACUCUGGUGAUGUCCGGCCAUCCGCACUCAAGGCUGAUGGAAUUGGUCUAGAUGCAGAAAUCACGGUGAAACUUACUACGAGUACUGAGGAUGAAGUGCGGAAUAUUCUUCGCAAAGCUGUCUUCACCACUGUGAAUAAUAAAUUUCCCGAGCUUGGCGGUAGCCUAAAAGUAUUUCCCUUCAUGCCAGAUGAAGUAACAGUUCACAUAGCCAGCGCCGCGAUUGCCAUCAAUACGCCUACCUAUCUAUGGGAAAUGUAUUUAAAGAAAGAAGAACCAUUGAUACCAAAGGGAAAUGUGUACCAUGCCACCGACGAGGUCUUAAGGUAUCUACCGAUUGAUCUUAAGAAUGCCCUGAACUCUAGUCAAGACGCUUAUCUCAUCAUGCCGACACAGUUGUGGACUAACACGUCAGGCACCUAUAUAAACUACACGGUAUACGCUACCCCCAACGCGGAACCGCACUCCACUUUGACACCUGAACAAAUAUAUCGCAAGCUAGUGAACAGUACUCUCCCACGAUUUAGUGAAAAAAUCAACAAACUCGUUAUAAGUGAUGAUGAUUUAAAUCCCUUCAAGGACUUACUGCGGCUCCCUAUUACUCUCCGUCCAUAUUUGCCCCCCAGAUCCCCCAAUCCCCCAGUGCCACCCUAUCUGAGCACUGUGAGGACACAGUUCAUUAUUCGCUUUUCCGGGAAUCAGGAAAAAUGGAAGGAAACCAUACUAAUUAAAGGCAAGCAACUCAGUGAUAGCAUCGCAACCAGCGCGCGAAAUGUGCUGGAUCGUCUUUUUUACGACACCGAGGUGUUCAUCACGCGCACCCAACCUGUCAAGGAUGGUGCUAAGCAAAUCGAAGGUCUUUUGGUGUACGGUGAAGUAGGCCAGCACAGGAAGGUGGGGGGACAGCACCCGUGGGAUCCAAAGGACAUCCUCAGCGUGCUUAAACAAGGAGACUAUAGUGCGGCGAUUUCGUUCUACAUAGGGGAGCCUGCGUCGGUGAAGCUGAUCGCAGUAGGCUUUGAUGCCGAUUUCGGACCUACCAACAACUCGCACGGCACAGCGCUGAUUGUGCUUUGUGUCUUCUUUUUGAUCAUUACUAUUCUUAGCCUGGCAUUGUGUUUCAUCUGGUUGCAUCUCUUCACUAAGAAAAGGGUUAAAUUCGAAGAAUGCGAUGGAAAUUUUUACGAAACGCCUGCUCUUGUGAACGAUGAAGCCGCCUCUUUUUACUCUGCUGCCAGAACAAACAGUACAUUGCGUCUCGAGACAAUAGACGAGCAGCGUAUCCCUGUAAUAGUUGACAAUCCAUUGAGAGCUACUGAUAACACGACAUCUGAAAUGAACUCAUACAUUGCGGACCCUGGUAGGGUGCACCCAUGUCCUUAA